AUGUCAGGUUGUGAAGACAAUGAUGAGAUACUUGGAGAUGCAGCUUGUGGAAAGAAAAGAUCAGCCACUGAGAUAUCGAGCACUGACCUUCCUCCGUUACCAAAGAAGAGGCAAGCUCAUAGGGCAUUGGUGUGGCAACACUUCAUUCAAAAGGAAGAUAACUGGAGCCUCUGCAACUGUCGGUACUGUGGUCAGGAGAUCGGAUGCGAUACUAAAAAGAGUGUAACUAGCGCAAUGAAGAAUCAUAUUAACCGGUGUAAGUUGUUCCAAACUUUUGAGGCAAGUGGUGGUCAGGAGGGUUUAGGAACUGAUAGUGGUGGUGUAGUUACUGCGGUGAAGUAUGAUGCUGGAUUGUUUAGGAGAUCUGUGAAUGAGAUGAUUGUGCUGAAUGAGCUGCCGUUUUCUUUUGUGGAGUCAGAGGGGUUUAGGAGGUUAUGUCACAAUGUAUUGCCCAUGUAUACGGUUCACUGCAGAAAAACAGCAACAGAAGAUAUAUUUGGCAUGUUUAUGAAGGAGAAAGCGAGUUUGAAGCACUUAUUUUGCUUUGAGCAGAACAGAGUCUCCUUAACCACUGACAUUUGGACCACUCCUACAACAUCCUACAGCUACAUGAUCACAAAGACCAUUGCUGAGCAUCUGAGUCAAUGUCUAGUGGAUUGGGGAAUUGUGAAGGUGUUCACAGUGACAGUGGACAAUGCUAAAGGAAAUGACAAGGCAUUGCGUCUGUUCACUGAAGCUUGUAGAGAACUAGGACCUAAUGCGCUAAUCAAGGAUGGUACAUUGCUACACAUGCGUUGUUGUGCGCAUGUACUGAACUUGAUUGUCAUGGAUGGUCUAGCUGAGGUGAAAGAGAGUGUAAUGGCUAUUAGGAAUGCUGUCAAGUACGUUAGAUCAUCUGGUACACGGCUUCAGUCCUUUCAGCUGAGGGUUCUUAAUGGAAAGGUUAGUAGAGGGAGCUUGUCUCUGGAUUGUGUCACACGCUGGAACUCUACAUAUCUUAUGUUGUCGGCUGCAUUGGAAUUCCGAGUUGCAUUUGGGAAGCUAUUGGCCGAAGACAUGUUGUACAAUGAGUACUUCAAGGAGUCUGAAGAGAAUGGACAGAAAAGGAUUGGGCCUCCAACUUCUCAGGGAUGGGAUGAAGUGCAUAGGUUAGUCAAGUUUCUUAAACUCUUUUUCGGAAGCACUUUGGCAUUUAAAGCAUCAAAGUCAGUGACCUCCACUAGUUGUUACAAUGAAAUUGUGAUCAUUGAGAGGAACUUGAUAGCUUUGAGAAACAACAGAGAUGAUCUUCUACGGAUUCAAGCAACAUAA